UUCUUGUGCAUCUUGUGGAUUUGCCGGCUGGGUCCCGGCGCUCCACUCCCAUGGCAAGCAAAUUGACUGGGCCACGUGUACCGCCAAAGGGCUCACGACAGCUGAAACCACCUGGUGAAGCCCGUUCAGCGCCGAAGGUUUCCCAAGUGCAGCGACAAGUCGACGAGGUGAAGAGCCUGGAGAAGCGGGCCGGCGACUUGGUACGUAGCAAUGAUCUGCGCAGUGCUCUGCAGACGUACGAAGAAUGCAAGGCAGAAAUUCAAGAAGCCUUAGAAGGUCUUCCAAAGGAUGAUAUCUGCUACUCCACUCUUGUGGAAAGCAAGAAUAGCGUGGAGGAGAAGAUCUCCAAAUGCAAGCAAUUCCUGCCAUUCGAGUACUUCCUCAAAGCUCCAAAGUGAUUAGCGGAUGGAUCCCUUGGCAUCCAUGUCUGAAGCUUAGUAGAUGAGAAUAGAUGAGAAAUGCACAUUCUGAUAGUGUAUAUACUGUAUAUAUACUGUAUUCAUGUUGCACCAGAUUGCACCAAAUCUGGUGUCAAAGGUCCAACUGAGAUCUCUUCCAAAUUUCAGCGACGCGCCCAGUCAAAGGUCCAAAAAGUGUGCAGCGCUCUUGAACAUAUACCUGCGGUGUGAUCUGUGCGAUUUGUUGCAGCCAGCUGUGCCUGGA